UAAAAAUCCUAACCUAAUAACAAAACAAUGUUUUCAAUUUUUAAGCUGAAAGUAUAAUUGUUUCUAAUUCUAAGGAAUUUGGAACAACUUCGUUAAGUUAAGAUGAGGUAUGCUCAAUUAGUUAUAGGACCAGCGGGAAGUGGAAAAUCAACUUAUUGCAGUGCUUUAGCACAACAUGGUGUAGAUGUUAGAAGAAAUAUAGACGUAGUUAACUUAGACCCAGCAGCAGAAUAUUUCAACUAUCAACCCAUUGUUGAUAUAAGGGAAUUAAUUCAUUUACAAGAUGCCAUGGAUGAUGAAGAACUGCAGUGUGGCCCCAAUGGAGGCCUCGUUUUUUGUAUGGAAUAUCUCACUGAAAACCUUGACUGGCUAGAGGAAAAACUAGGAGAUCAAGAAGAUGAUUACAUACUAUUUGAUUGCCCUGGACAAAUUGAGCUAUACACCCACUUAACAGCAAUAAAAAACUUAGUGAAAAAGUUACAGAUAUGGCGUUUUAAUGUGUGUGCUGUUUUCCUUGUUGAUGUUCAGUUCAUUACUGAUGGUGCUAAGUUUAUUUCUGGUACAAUGGCAGCGCUAAGUGUUAUGGUGAAUUUAGAAGUUCCUCAUGUUAACAUUUUAUCCAAAAUGGACCUUUUAAGUAAAUCAGCCAAAAAAAGACUUGAUAGUUUUCUAGAGCCUGAUUCUCAUUUUAUAUUAGGUGAUAUUGAAACUUGUGGGAAUUCUGCUUUUAACACAAAGUAUAGGAAGUUAACAGAAGCUAUUGCCAAACUUAUUGAAGAUUAUUCUUUGGUUAAAUUUAUUCCUUUAAAUUUAAAAAAUUUAGAAAGCAUUAAUGAUGUUUUGUUGACCAUUGAUAAUGUAAUUCAAUAUGGAGAAGAUCAGGAUAUUAGAACUAAAGAUUUUGAAGAAAAGGAAGAAGAUGAUAAUGAUUGAAAAAUUGUUUUUUUAAGUUUUGUACCGAUUUAAGAGAAAUAAAUGUGAAUAUUAA